UCUGCUACUGGCGCGCCAAUAUGGAGUUCGCCAAUGCCAGCACUAAGAUCAUGGCUGGCCUGCUUAUCAGUACAUCUUUCAUUUCUGUCGCUACAUGAGGGUACUGGCAAAUUUCGGCCGUGUAGUAAUCAGUUCGGGAAUACUAUUUUGUCGCGCGCUGCCGCGCGCUCGGCCUCGUGAGGCUCAAGCCUCUCAUGAGCCACGAGCUCCCAUCUUCGUAUUGGCUGGGCCACGUGAUCGCUCAUCUCUCCUCUGUAUAGAUACACGUGUCAUCUUCUCGAUUGCAAGGACAGUGGUCUCACACAAUAGAUCACCGGAAUACUUGCUCUCCAGCUCGUCACAUAUUUCAAAUGCAAUUAUGACCAUUCUUGACGUAAGAAGCCAAGAUCCAAUCAACAUCGGCCUCGAAGAUCAAACUUCGCGAAGACGCGUUCCCUGCUGCUGUGCAGACCAUUGAUACAGCGAACACUUGCGUGCUGUUCAAGCUAUUCCAUUCAUGUGAGAAGAGCAGUCAGCCAUGGUGCGCUAGCGCGAUCGCCGGCCCACAGUUGCCGAAGACUGCGUCAUGUUCGAGGCCUAUGCACGAUUGUGCCUGGAGCUUUAAGCGUCCUGCUGAUACCUACAAGUGAUCUCUGGCCUAUGUCGUGGAAUCGCUACUUGUCUCCUCUACCUCGCGAUUCUCCGUAGUUUGAGGCCU